AUGGCCAUCCCGCUGAUGCCCUCCGGCACAGGAGGCAGCGGCAGGCUGUGCUGGUACCGCGACGAAGCCGUCCGCACAGCCGCAGUCUACGAAGAUAUCAGAGGCGGCGACUGUGGUGCGCCGCCGCCGCCGAGACCGGAAGCCGAUGCCGCGCAGGUGCAGGAGGUGCAGCGGCGAAAGGAGGCCCUGGCAGCCGUGGCGGAGGCGUCGCGCAAGGCCGCGCACAAGCGCAAGGCUGCCCUCGAUGACCUCAAGUUGUCGGCGGCGCGGGCAAGGCAAGCGGCGUCCAAUUUAGCAAGGACGCACACGCGAGAGCAGCAGCAGGCGGCGGCGUGGCACGAGCGGACGCACCCCGCCGCCCGCCCCGCCAACCCUGCCAAGCAGCGGUGUCCACGUUGUGCGGCGUUGCUGCCUCGCCAGCUCCGCUCGUGCCCGGGCUGCUUGCACGACUGGGCGGCGGACGCGGCGGCCGAGGCUAGCAAGCGGCGGCUUGUGUGGCGGAAGUCGCCGGCCGGCACGAAUCACCGCCAGAGCGUCGCACCAAAGAGGUGA